AUGGAGGAGGACAACUUGGACUUGGAAGGCAUGGACAUUCACAGCGGGCUCGACUCGUCGUUCCACUCACCGCCGCACACAUCUGAUCCAGCGGGUCUGAGCAUGGAUGAAACGGACGAUAUUGAUGAUCUGAUCAACAACGUGCGACCACACGACCCACUAGGUACUUUGGAAGAGAAGGAGGCUGAUAUCAAAGAGUUGACACAUUCAUGGGUGACUGAGCGAAUGUCACCAACGCUUCUUCCGACGAAGGAGGCGCUGUUGUUCCGGAUUCUCAAACGUGUGCAGCUUCAGAUCGAGGUGAUUGAGGAGAAGUCGAUAGACAUGAGUCCGGACACAGACGUGAAGCUGGAACUGCUGAUUGUGGAGACGGAGCUGGAGCGUAUCAAGUACCUGAUCCGGUCGUAUCUGCGCGUGCGACUGCUUAAGAUCGAUAACAGCAUGGAGUACUACCAGUCUUCCCCCUUGGACAGAAUGAACAUGUCUCAAACAGAGAGAAUGUAUCUCAACCGGCACUAUGCGCUGUUGAAGAAUCUGUACGCGCAUCAGUUUAUGAACACGUUCCCAGACAGUCUCAAACAGAUGAACGACUCUUCAGGAAGUGCAAGCAUGGUUCAGGAGCCCAACAUGGACCAUCCAGUGUUUGUGCGAGUAGUCAAGGAUACAGGACGAAAGAUUAUCAUUGGAAACGAUUCAGUCAAGCUGCGAAAGGGUAGUAUCGUCGUCAUCAAGUACUCCAUCAUCGUGAAGUAUGUUGAGAGUGGUGAUGUUGUUUUCAUUUGA